CGGCCGUUGCAGCCGAGUCCUUCGGGAAGUGCUUCCGGUUCGCGGAGGGCCCUGACUGCCGGGGUCUGGUUUUCGGGGAGGUCGCUCAGGAGCGAGGAUUGUUUUCAACAUAUGUUACAACUAUGGCUGUGUCUCUCAUUAUAAAAUGGGGUGGGCAGGAAUUUUUAAUAACCACCUUGUCAGAAGAGGACACGGUGUUGGAUCUCAAGCAGUCACUCAAAGGACUCACAGGAGUGCUACCAGAACGCCAAAAACUUCUGGGACUUAAAGUAAAAGGCAAGCCAGCAGAAAAUGAUGUGAAGCUUGGAUCAUUAAAAUUGAAACCAAAUACGAAAAUCAUGAUGAUGGGGACUCGUGAGGAAAGCUUGGAAGAUGUCCUUGGGCCACCUCCUGAUAAUGAAGAUGUAGUCAAUGAUUUUGAUAUUGAAGAGGAAGUUGUUGAAGUAGAAAAUCGGGAGGAGAACCUGCUAAAAAUCUCCCGCAGAGUUAAGGAGUACAAAGUAGAAAUACUGAAUCCUCCACGAGAAGGGAAGAAAUUGUUGGUCCUCGAUGUUGAUUACACAUUGUUUGGUAA